AUGCCUAAGAGGAUCCUAGGCCUCAGCCGGAAGUCGUCUGAAAACAACGAUGAAUCUACAAAUGAAGAGUUGAGUAACGUACGGAUCUCAUCAGGCGCUUCAUCCUCAUCAAGAGCUACAGACGAUGGGGACAUAAACACGGAAAACAUAAGCAAAAGUGACGACUCCUCGAGCAGAAUAUCAUCUUCCAUACAGUCGUCCUCGGUUUUCUCCAAAAGUCGUCAGACUCAUCGGACUGGUACUUCUUCAAUGCACACUGGCAGCACGAAGGAUAGCGCCAACUUUACAGGGAAAAGAGAUGUGGAGAACGUGGGAAAGCCCUUGCGGGUGUUAGAAUUUGGCAAGUUCGGAUCUCUAAACCCAGUUUCUGAGGAAGGUGACUCUUUUGUGACUAGCGGUUCGUUCUUGGAUGAGUAUCCUGCUCGCACUGCUGCGUCGUCGAAAAAAGAUGAUCCAGCAUUAGCUUCGGAACAGUUUGACAAAGCUCUGGAAGUCUUGGAUGAAAAUUUGGUUGGGCUCAUGCAUGAUAUCCAUCAAAAUGUCACCAAUGUCUCAAAGGCUGUGAUACAAGCAGCAGAAUGUUUCAAAGAUUUCAUGCCGGGCGUUCCUGCGGCAAGACUACCGCAUCGAAUUUCCUGUAGCAAAAGCCCUGCUCUAAGACGCAUUACAAAAAUCGUCCUGCAUUUUGUUGAUAACCUACUUUUCUCCGAAGUUUUCAAUAACUCCAGAGCCAUCAUAAUAAGGCGUUUUAUGACUUUCCUUAAAAAGCUCAACAUUCCCUUAGAAGAAGCCUCGGAACUACAAACUUUGCCUCAGCCUAGAAAUUUUUGCAUUGACGCGGAAUGCGACCUGCCGAGAAAAGCCAAACUUGCAUCUAUUAUGGAUAAGCUUGCAAUGACGGAUUCCUCCAGAAUUUCCGAUCAGGAUGGUGCUUUCAUCGCUCCCGUUUUGAGAGGCCUUGAUCGAUCAUCAGCAGUUUUAACCCUCUCGUUUGGCCUGCCGGACCCUCAACAAGAACAUUUCGAUAUGAUCAAAGCAUUGUAUUCUCUGUUUCCAGAUGUGCAUUUCUACUGCGUUAAAGACUACAUCACAACCUGCGCCGAUGUUGUCAACCCAGGGGCAAAGGUACCGCAGCCAAUGGAGGCCACACCUUCUUCACAAUUUCAUCCUCCGUAUCGGCUUCCACCAAAUGGGAGCUCACCACCAAUAUCGAUGUCAAUCUCAUCUCAGAAUAGCGAAAAGAUCACCGGUACGCUCGGAGGCUACGUCUACCCUCAAAUAGACGCAAACGACGCCUCUUUGGCGCAAUUUACUGGAGCCACUUUCGCAAUGGCCUGCGCUCAUGUAGCACUGGCGGAAUCCCAUGACUAUCCGUAUGUAUCUGUUCCAUCCGCCGUGCUACAGAAAAAGUAUAAGACCGCCAUUUUGGAAGAGUCUCAACGCUACCCUCCCAAAUCUGUAGAAAAGGCUGCUUUUGACCAGGAAGCGGAAAGGAUCGAUCAAAACCUCGACUGGCAGCGGGAAAACACGUUCGGACAGGUAGUUUGGGGUGAACGGGCCGUUAUCGACCAAAAACUAUCUGAUUUUGCCAUUAUAAAAGUAAGCUCCGAUGUUCAGUGCACCAAUUUUCUCGGUGACGAUGUAAGCUCAAUGGCAAACCCAUUUUUGAGAUUUCAAAAUCUGUACGUGAAGGACAAAGUGCUGAAAAUGAAACCAGGUAUGGAAGUAUUUAAGGUCGGUGCCACAACGAAUUUUACGAGAGGACAAAUCAACGGUUCUAAACUCAUUUAUUGGGCAGACGGGAAAUUGAGAAGUAGUGAGUUUAUUGUUGCUUCUCCCACACCUAUGUUUGCAGCUGGUGGCGAUUCAGGCGCGUGGAUACUUACAAAGCUCACCACCAGCCUAGGACUAGGAGUAGUAGGGAUGCUGCAUUCUUAUGACGGCGAGCAGCGUCAAUUUGGACUUUUCACUCCAAUAAUUGACAUUUUGGACAGACUACAGAAGGUUACGGGUGUUGCUUGGGAUAUAAACAGACACAGCUAG